AUGCAGCGCUCGCGGGCGGCCGCGGACGAGGCGGCCGUGCUCCUGGCCGGGCUGGCCCUGCAGGAGCCGGGUCGGGGCCGUACGAGACCGCGGUCGGGGCCGGGCGACGAGGCGGCGCAGGCGCUGGGCCUCCGAGGGAAGGGCGCCAGUGGCCCCGAGGCCGGGACGGACGGACUGAGCCGUGGGGAGCGCGGCCCGCGGCGCGCGGCGGCCCCCGAGCUCGGCGCCGGCAGCCCGCGCGCCAGCCUGGCGGGCUCGGACGGCGGCAGCGGCAGCGCCCGUUCCAGCGGCAUCAGCCUGGGCUACGACCUGCGCCACGGCAGCCCGCGCUCCGGCCGCUCCGACCCUCGCCCCGGACCCGGGCCGCCGUCGGUGGGCAGCGCCCGCUCCAGCGUGUCCAGCCUGGGCUCCCGCGGUUCGGCGGGCGCCUAUGCCGACCUGCUGCAGCCCGGCCCCGCGCCCGCACGCUCCCCGGAGCCCGCCGGGCCGGCUCCGUUCCCGUUCCCGUUCCCCCUGCCUUCGCUGCAGCUGGCCGCCGGCCGGGAAGGUGGCCCGAGCGCGGCUGAGCGGCGGCUCGAGGCGCUCACCCGGGAGCUGGAGCGCGCGCUGGAGGCGCGCACGGCACGGGACUACUUCGGCAUUUGCAUCAAGUGUGGGCUUGGCAUCUAUGGAGCAAGGCAGGCGUGCCAGGCAAUGGGGAGCCUAUACCACACCGACUGCUUCAUCUGCGACUCCUGCGGGAGACGACUCCGUGGAAAGGCUUUCUACAACGUGGGUGAGAAAGUGUACUGCCAGGAGGACUUCCUGUACUCCGGGUUCCAGCAAACAGCUGACAAAUGUAGUGUGUGUGGACACCUCAUCAUGGAGAUGAUCCUGCAGGCCCUCGGCAAGUCGUACCACCCGGGCUGCUUCCGCUGCUCCGUGUGCAGUGAGUGUCUGGACGGGGUGCCCUUCACCGUGGACGCGGAGAACAACGUCUACUGCGUCAGAGAUUAUCACUCGGUGUUUGCACCAAAAUGUGCCUCCUGUGCCCGCCCCAUCCUCCCUGCACAGGGCUGCGAGACAACCAUCCGCGUGGUGUCGAUGGACAGAGACUACCACGUGGAGUGUUACCACUGUGAGGACUGCGGGCUGCAGCUGAGUGGGGAGGAUGGACGCCGCUGUUACCCCCUGGAGGGGCACCUGCUCUGCCGCCGCUGUCAUCUGCGGCGCCUGGGACCUGGCCCGCUUCCCUCGCCCGCUGUACAUGUCACUGAGCUCUGAGCAGCAGCCGGGGCAGGUGUGGAGGGAGGGUGGGCUACAUGUGUCUUGUAGGUCAGCGCAGCUGUGUGCCCACCUCUCCACCCCACCCCGCCCACCUGCUGUCCCCUCUGCAGGGGCCGGACCCCCGCCGUGAAGCGAUUCCUAUUUAUUCACCUUCUGUGCCUCCUCCAGCCACUUGCCUCCCACUGGGCGCCAUCACUGGCUUUGGGUUCUAGGUCCCCUGCAUCCCACCUCACUGGAACUGGCUGUGGGUCACUGGGCUCUAGAGAACCACCUCGGCCUAGGCUCAGCGGGAGCUAGUUUCUAGUUUCCUUGGUCCAGAAGGGGCCUGGGGUGCCCUCUAAGUGCACUUCCCCAGGCAGGGCUUGGAGGAGGGCACCUGAGUUUGUAGAUUCAUAAACACCCUGGUGGGUGAGGGUGCCUUGUUUGUGUGGGAUUACAGAGGGAAGUGUUGACACCAUGGGCCCUUGGGUUUUAAGUCACAGUCCCCUCGCCCCUUUGGCUCCUGGAUUGGUGGCCUCUUCCCUGCACCCCAACCUCAAGAAAACUGAGCAGAAUUCCAACCUCAGGGUGCUGUGAAGAAGGACCAGGGGUCACUGUGCCUGCCUGGCUGGGAAGCACUGUGUGCAUGCAGUGUGUAUCAGGCUCCACGACUAAAGUGUAUGAUUGACUUAAAUUAAGUUUUUUCCCCCUUGGAGGAUAUUUUCAUUUUCUUUAAAAGAAUAUAGUUUUCUUCUAAAAACUUGGAA